AUGCCGUCGGUAGCACCAUGGCUCAGUAAUGAAGGCGCCACAACUGCCAGCCCCGGCGAAGUCAAUGGAGUGGACAAUGCCAAGCUCAAAGGUUGGAGAGCAGAGCUCGACGACGACGACUAUGCAGUUCUUGCGCUGCGAAACUUCAUUUUUGACAUUUGUGAUCAAAACGGCGGUGGACAUGGCGGCUCUGCCAUCGGUAUGGCUGCCAUUGGAGUCGCUCUCUACAAGUACACCAUGCGAUACAAUCCGUCUAAUUCGGAUUGGUUCGAUCGCGAUCGUUUUGUGCUUUCAAAUGGUCACUGCGCCAUGUUUCUAUAUGCAUUGAAUCAUCUGACGGGCUUUGACAACUGGACCAUGGACGAAAUCAGGGGCUAUGGAAGUGCAAAGCUGGGCGACUACAAGACAAUUUGCCAUGCACAUCCCGAGAUUGAAGUUCCGGGAGUAGAGGUUACGACCGGGCCUCUUGGCCAGGGAAUUGCGAAUGCAGUUGGCUUAGCCAUUGCCUCCAAAAACCUGGCUGCUAGAUUCAACCGCCCUGGCUUCGACCUCGUUUCCUCCAGGAUAUACUGCAUGAGUGGUGAUGGAUGUCUCAUGGAGGGUGUGGCAUUGGAAGCAAUCUCUUUGGCCGGAAAUCUGCAAUUGGACAAUCUCGUCAUACUCUACGACAACAACCAGGUCACGUGUGACGGGCCCUUGGACUGGAUCAAUACCGAAGAUGUCAAUGCAAAAAUGAGAGCUUGUGGAUGGCAUGUGCUCGAAGUGGCGGAUGGCAACUAUGAUGUUCAAGCCGUCACUACUGCACUAGCUCAUGCCCAGUCACUCAGAGGCAAGCCAGUCUUUAUCAACAUUCGCACAGUGAUUGGAGUUGGGACUCAGGUAGCUGGUACCCAUAAAGCCCACCACGGCACGUUUGACAAAGAGAGUGUGCAAUUAUCAAAACAGCUUGCUGGACAAGACCCCAACCUAACUCACGUCAUACCCGAGAAGCCGCUCAAGUAUUUCAGAGACUGCAAGGCCAAAGGCGAGUCUCUUGAGAGCAAGUGGAAUGAUCUACUGGGUGAAUACAGCACAAAGCAUCCAGAUCUCGCCGCUGAUUUUCGGCAGGCUGUAUCGGGCGACUAUGGUACGAAGUGGCUCGAUAUUCUCAAAGCCACAGAUAGUGCGCAAUUCAAGGGAACAGCCACCCGGGAUGUGAACGGCAGUCUGAUCGAAGCCAUCUGGAAGGAUUUCCCAGCGCUCUGUGGUGGCGGUGCUGACCUCGUCAACUCCAACAAGGUUCACUACACCGAGUCGGAUGUGUUUCAUCCCUCAGUCAGCUAUGCCGGGCGUUACGUCCGCUAUGGUAUUCGCGAACAUGCCAUGGCGGCCAUCUCCAACGGUCUGGCUGCCUACAACCCCGGGACCUUUCGGCCAGUCACUGCGACUUUCCUAAUCUUCUUCCUCUAUGCUGCUCCGGGUAUUCGGAUGGGUGCCCUUAGCCACCUCCCAGUGAUCCACUUCGCAACUCACGACAGCUUCGCUGAAGGCCAAAAUGGACCUACCCAUCAACCUGUCGAGCUAGACUCUCUUUUCCGCGCCAUGCCCAACCUUUCUUACAUGCGGCCAUGCGAUGCUGAGGAAACCAUUGGCGCCUGGAUGCUUGCUCUAGGCAAGACUAGCGGCCCUUCCAUGUUGUCCCUCGGACGAGAUCCCACUGGUCCUGUUCCAUCAACGGAUCGCUACAAAGUGGCCAAGGGCGCAUACGUCGUCGUCGAUCAGACAAACUCCAAGCUCACGCUCGCCAGCUGUGGCACGAACCUUCACUACGCAGUAGCUGCUGCGGAGUUACUCACAUCCGAGGGGUUGCCGACGCGUGUGGUGAGCUGUCCUAGCUUUGAGCAUUUUGAUCAGCAGGACCAGCAGUACCGUGACAGUGUAUUCCCCAAGGAUGGAUCCCCGAUUGUCAGUGUGGAAGAAUAUGUUGCCACAACUUGGGCGAGAUAUGUGACGGCUAGUAUCGGUAUGCAAAGUUAUGGCUUUUCUGCAUCGAAUCCUAGUAAUUAUGCUCGAUUUGGGCUGGAUUCGGAGGGGAUAAUCAGAAGAACGAAGCAGUAUCUGAAGGACAUGGAAGGAAAGAACGCGCGUAUGGAAGGAUGGCGACAGAUUUGA